CUUGUUUUCAAUUCAAUCAACUGCACCUUGCAUACCAUCAGCUCUACUCUACUGAUCAUUUCGUUGAUCCGUUCGUUCGUCGUCGAUCGGUACACUCUGCUGAUCCUCCAUGGAUUCCAACGGCCGCGUGUUCGAGGACUUCGUGCCUCCGCACAGCAUGGUCAGCGAGCCGGCGACCCACACGCUCUCCAUCGACCUCUCCGCCGCAGGGUACAACAAGGAGCAAGUCCGGGUGCAGAUGGUCCGCAACCACCGGCGCCUGAUCGUGCGCGGGGAGCGCCCCGUCGCCGGCAACCGCUGGAGCCGCUUCCGCCUCGAGCUCCGCGUCCCCGACGACUGCGACGUCAAGGCCAUCCACGCCAAGUUCGUGGACGGCGUCGUCCUAGUCACCAUGCCCGGCGUCGCGCCCGAACCCGUCCGGGUCGAGGCCGGCGCCGCCGCCGGACAACAGGACCCGUCCCCGCCGGCGGCGGUGAAGCCCGCAGCCGCUGCCAGCGCCCAAGACCAGAAAGACGCCGCCGGCCGCGCUGCGCAACAUCAGCAAGACGGUGAUGGGCGUGCCGCACGAGGGGGAGGAGCGGACGACGAGGGGGAGAAGAAAGAGGAAGCGGUGCAGAAGCAAGAAAUGAGGCAGCGCGUGACGAGCUCCGCGAAAGAUGACGGCGGCCGUGACGACGCCGCGAGUGGGGAAGGGGAGGUGUUGACGCCCGCUUCGCCGUCGCGCCAAGACUACGGCUUCCUCCAUGGCCGGAGGAAGAUGGCGACCACCGUGCUCGGCGUGGUGCUCGUCCUGAUCAGCCUCGGCAUCUAUGUCAAGUACAGCCUUUGGCCAUGAACGGCGAGGAAUUGAGUGCGUGCAAUAUUCCAUGGUAUUUCCUCCUCGCCAGCAGGCUAGUGAUAUGAGUGCGAAGCCUGAUGAACAUGCCGGUCGCAUGCAUGACAGACUCUUAUGUAUUGAUGUGUGUGAUGUGUCAAAUGCUGAGCGAACAAAAAGGAUUUAUUUCGUGUUUCCAAGAUGAGCUUGCUGAAAAAGGUUGAUUAUUAAAUUUGAGAUUUGA